GAGGAAGAAGAUGAUGAUGAGGAGAGCGAAGAUGGAGAAGAAGAAGAGUCAGGAGAAGAAGGAGAAGAUGAUGAGGACGAAGAAGAAGAUGAUGAUGAGGAAGAAGAAGAUGAUGAUGAGGAAGAAGAAGAGGAAGAAGAAGAAGAAACAACACCUCCUCCUCAAGAUAAGAAACGCAAAGGACAGCAGCAGCAGCAGCAGCAGAAACAACAGCAACAACAAGGAAACAAGAAGGCAAAGACACAAGAUGGGUCUGCAGCAAGCAGCAGCGGAGGUAGCGGAGAUGAAUCUUCUUAUAGAAAUGCAUUAAUAGACUAUUUAAAGAAAAAUGGACCUACGCCUCUCUCCUCAUUAGGACAAAAGGUUAAAAAACCCGCCAGUCUACCUAAGAUGGCUGUAUUCCUUAAGGCUAAUAGUAAUUUAUUCAAUAUAGAAGGAGGUAAAUGUUCUCUUAAAUAA